AUGAUGAGAUAAUAAUAUUAAAUUCUAUUCAACUAAAGUAAUUUCAAUUGUAUAACGAUAACUCCACAAUAAUACAUUAGUGAUAACCAUAGCUAACAAAGAUUCAGAGUCUAUUAAAGGAAAUUUUUAGUAGUAUAAUAUCUUUGUGAAAAAAAAUUAUAAAAGUGA